AUGGAUUUUAGAAAUUUAUCAACUACACCGAAUCAAAUGGACACUGUAAUGCAACGUCGUCCCUCUCUAUCAUCAUUAUCGUCAGCCUCGGGCUAUUCUUCUUCCAAUUAUGGUGGGAAUCCUACACCCAAUCCCAACAAUUCCAAUACCAAUAACAAUAGUAGUGGCAAUAGUAAUAACAACACUCAUGGCAAUAACACUCCCAAAUUAUCAACUCAAAGAUUGACAAAUAAUAGGAAUUUACAAUCCUUGUGGAUAAACCAACCAUCUAUUGCUCCUUCUAAUGUUGUUCCUUGGGUGGAACAGCAACAACAACAAACCCUUGAUCUGUUGGAAAAUAAUACUAAAACAGACUCCAGUAAUGAUGCUUCUGCUACUAAUAAUAAUAAUGUUAAUGUUAAUGUUAAUGCCAAUGCCAAUGUUAAUGCCAAUGCCAAUAUCCAUGCCCAAACCCAUGUCAACACAAAUGUUAAUGCAAACACAACAGCAACUAGUAUUAAUGCUUCCACGAUUUCAAAUACUACACCAAGUAUUAAUGACACUAAUGAUAAUGCCAAAAAAAUUAAUGUUUCCAUGAUUAGUAAUAACAAUAACAAUAACAGUAACAAUAAUAACAACAACACUAACAAUAGUAGUACAGGAAAUUCUAACAUUGUAAACAUGCUUCCUUCUGUUUCUAAUGCAACGACAAUGAAUAACAGUAACAGUAUCAAUAGUACCACAAACAAUACUACAAUUAAUGAAGCUGAUGAUGACGAGUUAAUUCCUACUGCGAUUGUGAUUAAAAAUAUUCCAUUUGCCAUUAAAAAGGAACAAUUGUUAGAUGUGAUGACAAAAUUAAACUUGCCAUUACCAUAUGCCUUUAAUUAUCAUUUUGAUAAUGGUGUGUUUCGUGGAUUAGCAUUUGCCAAUUUCACAUCUACAGAUGAGACAUCAGCAGUAGUAAACCAAUUGAAUGGAAGAGAAAUAGGUGGAAGAAAAUUACGUGUUGAAUACAAAAAAAUGCUUCCGGCACAAGAAAGAGAACGUAUUGAAAGAGAGAAAAGGGAGAAAAGAGGUCAAUUGGAAGAACAACAUCGUUCUGCAUCAAAUGCUUCUUUGGCUUCUUUAUUGUCAGCUGCUUCAACUACAGCAGCAACUAAAAAUUUGAGUGUGGCUGGCACAAAUCCUUCUCAUACCACUGAAAGAAUGUUUUUAAAUUUACCUUUUAACAAUUCUCUGUUCAAUGCCCCACCAGUAGAAAUUAAUUUUAAUGAUCUUGAAGUUUUGGAAUUGUACACUCAAUUAGUAUUAUACCGAGAUGAUAUUACCAAAUCUACUUUUGAAUUAGCUAUAUCACCAGCAAAUUUGAAUAUUUCUCAACGGAAAAUCAUAUCAAUUUUAUGUAAUUAUUUGAAUUUAUUAGAAUUGUUUGAUAAUGGGUUGAUAAUAAUUAGAAGAAAACCAGGAUACAUUGCUCAGUGUAUAACUCAACAAUCUAUUAUUCCUAAUUCUCAACAGGUGUCUGGGCCAACUCACCCGCAACAACAUCAACAGAAUCAACUUCAACAACAGCAACAGCAACAACAUCAACAUCAACAUCCUUCACAUUCAUCAUCGAUGAUGAACCUUCAUCAAUUGGGUGGUACAUUAGCUGUUCCAGCGCACCCUGAAUUAUUAAGAUCCCAAUCGCAAUCAGCAUUACCGUUGCCAAGAUUGAGACAGCAAACCUCUACACCAAUUCAACAAAAUCAACAAGUUCAGCACCAAAAUCAACCACCACAACAACAACAGCAACAGCAUGUUCAACCACAAUAUAAUUAUUACAAUCAGCAAUCUAUUCAAAGCCAACCACAUUCUGCGAGACCUUAUUCUCAAUCAUAUAAUAUUUAUCAACAACAACAGCAACAGCAGCAACAACAAGCUCAACAACAAGCUCAACAACAACAACAACAACAAUUACAAUAUCAACAGGGACACCAGUCACAAGUUUCAACACCUACAUUGAAUUCUUCUAGUGCUGCUGCAUUACUUAGAUCAAGUAGCAGUAGAUCAUUUGUUGAUGUGAGAUCCACACCUCCCACAAGUAGUUUUGCUCAACAGCAACAACAACAACAACAACAACAGCAACAGCCGCCACUAACUUCAUCAAUCCAUGAUUCUCCAACACCACAUCAUCAUUUACCACUUCAACAGCAGCAACAACAACAAAAUCAUUACUAUUCAAAUAACAAUCAGGGGUUUGGAUCUCAACCACAAACUCCAUUGACCAAUACUGCUGAUGUCAAUAGUAGAUUCCAACCAUUUGGUCAACAUAGUCAUUUAACAUCUAGUUUUACAUCAUUAUCACAAACAUUGCCUAGUACCACCACCACUACCACCAAUAUUGAUGAUUUCAAUAAUAGUAUUGUUGAUGGUAAUAGUAUUUCUAGUAAAUUGAAUGCCUUAGGAUUAGGAUUAGGAGGAGGUGGAGGAGGAGGAGGAAACACCAACAAUACUUUAACUGGUAAUGAUAAUGUUACUACUACUACUACUACUACUACUAAUUCAACGAGUGGGUUUGAUAAUUCUUCUACUAGUGGAAGUGGUAUUUGGGGACCAAAAUAA